AUGCCUGAGGCAAAACCAGCGGCCAAAAAGGCCCCCAAAGGCAAAGAUGCCCCCAAAGGAGCCCCCAAGGAGGCUCCCCCUAAGGAGGCUCCUGCAGAGGCCCCCAAAGAAGCCUCACCCGAGGACCAGUCCCCGACUGCAGAGGAGCCUACUGGCAUUUUCCUGAAGAAGCCGGACUCUGUCUCAGUGGAGACUGGGAAGGACGUGGUGGUCGUGGCCAAAGUGAACGGGAAGGAGCUCCCGGACAAACCAACCAUCAAGUGGUUCAAGGGGAAGUGGCUGGAGCUGGGCAGCAAGAGUGGCGCCCGCUUCUCCUUCAAGGAGUCCCAUGACUCCGCCAGCAAUGUGUACACCGUGGAGCUGCACAUUGGGAAGGUGGUACUGGGGGACCGUGGGGAUUACCGCCUCGAGGUCAAAGCCAAGGAUGCCUGUGACAGCUGUGGCUUCAACAUUGAUGUGGAGGCACCCCGUCAGGAUGCCUCUGGGCAGAGUCUAGAAAGCUUCAAGCGUACGGGUGAAAAGAAGUCGGAUACUGCAGGUGAGCUGGAUUUCAGUGGCCUGUUGAAAAAGAGGGAGGUGGUGGAGGAGGAGAAGAAGAAGAAAAAGAAAGAUGACGAUGACCUAGGCAUCCCCCCGGAGAUCUGGGAGCUCCUGAAAGGGGCAAAGAAGAGCGAGUACGAGAAAAUCGCCUUCCAGUAUGGCAUCACCGACCUCCGGGGCAUGCUGAAGCGGCUGAAAAAGGCGAAGGUCGAGGUCAAGAAGAGUGCAGCAUUCACAAAGAAGCUGGAUCCAGCCUACCAAGUGGACAGAGGCAACAAGAUCAAGUUGAUGGUAGAGAUCAGUGACCCAGACCUGCCCCUCAAGUGGUUCAAGAACGGCCAGGAGAUCAAACCAAGCAGCAAGUACGUGUUUGAGAACGUUGGUAAGAAGCGAAUUCUCACCAUCAACAAGUGCACGCUGGCGGAUGACGCUGCCUAUGAAGUAGCUGUCAAGGAUGAGAAGUGUUUCACUGAGCUCUUCGUCAAAGAACCUGCAGUCCUGAUUGUCACACCUCUUGAGGACCAGCAGGUGUUUGUGGGUGACCGGGUGGAAAUGGCAGUGGAGGUGUCAGAAGAGGGUGCACAGGUGAUGUGGAUGAAAGAUGGUGUGGAACUGACUCGGGAGGAUUCCUUCAAGGCCCGGUACCGCUUCAAGAAGGACGGGAAGCGCCACAUCCUCAUCUUCUCAGACGUGGUCCAGGAGGACAGGGGUCGCUAUCAGGUCAUAACCAAUGGCGGCCAGUGUGAGGCCGAGUUGAUUGUGGAAGAGAAACAGCUGGAGGUCCUGCAGGACAUCGCAGAUCUGACGGUGAAGGCCUCAGAACAAGCUGUGUUCAAGUGCGAGGUGUCUGAUGAGAAAGUGACGGGCAAGUGGUAUAAGAAUGGGAUCGAGGUGCGGCCCAGCAAGAGGAUCACCAUUUCCCAUGUAGGCAGGUUCCACAAGCUGGUGAUCGAUGACGUCCGUCCCGAGGAUGAGGGAGACUACACGUUCGUGCCUGACGGCUACGCCCUGUCGCUCUCGGCCAAGCUCAACUUCCUGGAAAUCAAGGUGGAGUACGUUCCCAAGCAAGAGCCACCAAAGAUCCACUUGGAUUGCUCAGGGAAGACCUCAGAGAAUACGAUUGUGGUUGUGGCUGGAAACAAGCUGAGGCUUGACGUGUCCAUCACAGGGGAGCCCCCUCCUGUCGCUACCUGGCUGAAGGGAGAUGAGGUAUUCACGACCACCGAGGGCAGGACCCGCAUUGAGAAGCGGGUGGACUGCAGCAGCUUUGUGAUUGAGAGUGCGGAGCGGGAAGACGAGGGCCGCUACACCAUCAAGGUCACCAACCCCGCCGGCGAGGACGUGGCUUCCAUCUUCCUGCAGGUUGUGGAUGUCCCAGACCCCCCAGAGGCCGUGCGCAUCACCUCGGUUGGAGAGGAUUGGGCCAUCCUUGUCUGGGAGCCACCGACGUACGAUGGGGGAAGCCAGUCACCGCCUCCAGGGUACCUCGUGGAGCGGAAGAAGAAGGGUUCUCAGCGCUGGAUGAAGCUGAACUUUGAGGUCUUCACGGAGACCACCUAUGAGUCCACCAAGAUGAUCGAGGGCAUCCUCUAUGAGAUGCGUGUCUUUGCCGUCAAUGCUAUAGGGGUCUCCCAGCCCAGCAUGAACACCAAGCCUUUUAUGCCUAUUGCACCCACAAGUGAACCCCUGCACCUGAUAGUGGAGGAUGUGACAGACACCACCACCACACUCAAGUGGAGGCCUCCGAGCAGGAUCGGGGCAGGUGGCAUCGAUGGGUACCUGGUGGAGUACUGCCUGGAAGGCUCCGAGGAAUGGGUCCCUGCCAACACUGAGCCCGUGGAGCGCUGUGGCUUCACCGUCAAGAAUCUCCCGACGGGAGCCAGAAUCCUCUUCCGAGUCGUUGGGGUCAACAUCGCGGGGCGCAGCGAGCCGGCCACCCUGGCCCAGCCGGUCACCAUCAGGGAGAUUGCGGAGCCACCCAAGAUCCGGCUCCCCCGCCAUCUCCGCCAGACCUACAUCCGCAAAGUGGGCGAGCAGCUCAACCUUGUCGUCCCCUUCCAGGGAAGGCCCCGGCCCCAGGUGGUGUGGACCAAGGGCGGGGCCCCGCUGGACACCUCCCGCGUGCACGUGCGGACCAGCGACUUCGACACCGUGUUCUUCGUGCGCCAGGCGGCCCGCUCCGACUCCGGGGAGUACGAGCUGAGCGUGCAGAUCGAGAACAUGAAGGACACCGCCACCAUCCGCAUCCGCGUCGUGGAAAAGGCUGGGCCCCCCAUAAACGUGAUGGUGAAGGAGGUGUGGGGCACGAAUGCACUGGUGGAGUGGCAGGCCCCCAAAGAUGAUGGGAACAGUGAGAUCACGGGGUAUUUCGUCCAGAAAGCAGACAAAAAGACCAUGGAGUGGUUCAACGUCUAUGAACGUAACAGGCACACCAGCUGUACUGUGUCUGACCUCAUUGUGGGCAACGAAUACUAUUUCCGAGUUUACACGGAGAACAUCUGUGGGCUCAGUGACUCACCUGGUGUCUCCAAGAACACGGCCCGCAUCCUCAAGACAGGAAUCACCUUCAAACCGUUCGAGUAUAAGGAGCAUGACUUCCGGAUGGCUCCCAAGUUCCUGACGCCUCUCAUAGACCGGGUGGUCGUGGCUGGGUACUCGGCGGCCCUCAACUGCGCUGUCAGAGGCCACCCGAAGCCGAAGGUGGUCUGGAUGAAGAACAAGAUGGAAAUCCGCGAAGAUCCCAAGUUCCUGAUAACCAAUUACCAAGGAGUCCUGACGCUGAACAUCCGCCGCCCCUCGCCCUUCGACGCUGGGACUUACACCUGCCGGGCCGUCAAUGAGCUGGGCGAGGCGCUGGCUGAGUGCAAGCUGGAGGUCCGAGUGCCGCAGUGAGACCUAUCCCCUACCAGCCAAGACAGUUGGUGGCGGAGUCCUGACCCCAAUCCCCAACCUCCUGGGACUGUGUUCUUUCUGGAGUUUUCGCUGAGAACAAAACUGUUGUCUGGA